CCCUUGGUGAGUAAAAUCUCCCAAACUCGGAUUUAAUUCUACCGGAACUACUUCUUUCACCCGGAAGUAGUCAUCAACACAGGCUAAGAAAUCAAUUGGACUCAAACAGCAUCAAAUGGGUGUCACUUGUGUGUGCCAGGUGCCUGUGGCAGAGGGGAAGAGUGUGCAGCAGACAGUCGACAUCCUGCACAAGAAGCUGGAGCAGCUGGGAGCUGUAAAGCAGGGCAGCUUCUGUGUUGACUGUGAGACAUACCAUGCAACAGGAAAUGUCAGCGGUCAGCCCUCCAAGCUCUUAUACGUGAUGCACAACUCUGAAACUCCCUUGAGCUGCAUGGCUCUGUUUGAAGGUGGACCCUGCCUGAUCGCUGAUGCAAACUUUGAUGUUCUCAUGGUGAAGCUAAAAAGUCACUUCCAAAAUGCCAAGGGACACAAGGUGGAGUGCCGUGGUUCUAGAUAUCGCUACUGUGACUUUUUGAUAAAAGUUGGCACUGUGACGAUGAGCUCCAGUGCCAGAGGGAUAUCAGUAGAGGUGGAGUACUGUCCCUGUGUGGUUCCAGGGGACUGCUGGAAUCUCAUGAGGGAGUUCAUGACCUCUUUUCUGAGCUCCAGUGCCCCUGAACUUCCAUCUGUGUUUGCUGCCAAACCUGAAGGGCUCUUUGCACCAGCAGACUGUGUUGACACUAUGACACAGUACCUGGAGCUGUUCAACAAACUUCGUAAACUGCAGGUCCCAGGGAGUAAUGUGCGUUGAGUUGUCAGUAAUUUAGAGAUCUAUUUUUUUAUUUAUGUGUUGAUGUUAUAACUCUGGUCCUAUGGAUCAGCAUGGUAACUAAACAUUUUGAAAGUUUGGGUUUCUAAUUUCUGUUUGUGAAGCCAUCUUGUAAUACAUUUUAGAAGCUGAAAUCUGUGUUGCUCUCAGUUUAUACCACAGUGAUCUUUUUAUGAUCAUGUAUGUACAACUUGCAUUUCUUUUUGAUAGUCUUUUGACAUCAGCACAUAUAUUUGGAACCAGGGGUUAACUACCCUCAUAGACAGUUUUCUAUUGGUAAAUAUUGUUAUAUUUCCUGCAAUGGGUGCAAUGAUUAGUUAGUAAAUAAAGUAUUGAACAGAAUACACUUUUUUGGGUUACUAAGCAAAUUAAUUUCUGUGAAUCUGUGCAGAGACCUGAAGAGCUCAAUUCUCUAAUGGUUUAGUUAAGGUAGACUUUUAAUUGUGUGAGAUGUAGACUUUUAGCAUUAAAAUACAGGUAAUAUGAA